AUGUCGAACACUUGUCCUUCCUGUGGGAGUUCGAACCCCACCGAUUUCGAUGAUUCCACCGGGAGACUUGUCUGCACGAAUUGUGGCCAUGUCGUUAAUGACUCUUUUAUCGUUUCCGAAAUUUCGUUCGGGGAGACCAGCAGUGGCGCUGCUAGAGUCCAGGGGAGUUAUGUCGCCGAAGGGCAGACUCAUGCUGGUGGGGGUGGGGGGAGGUUUAGGAGCGGGAAUAGUCUUGAGAGUCGGGAACAGAUAAUUCAAAAUGGUGAGUUUCCCUUAUUUUUAUUGCGCUUCUUCGCUGCUUUGCCCCUAAUCCGGUGGGAAUCUCUAGGACGUCGCAAGAUUGUUCAACUCGCCGGCGCUGUCAAUUGCCCUGAACAUUUUGCAGAUCACGCCCAACGAUGGUUCACCCUAUCCGUCACGCACAACUUCAACAGAGGCCGCAAGACACAAUUUGUCGUCGCCUGCUGUCUAUACAUUGUCUGCCGCCUCGAGAAGAGUUCCCACAUGCUUAUUGACUUCUCGGACAUACUCAAUGCAAGCUUUCUGCUCGAAAAUUGAGGGACUUUUUUUAAAUUUUUAGCUGACAGCGCUCCAGGUCAAUGUCUUCUCACUCGGCCACACCUACCUUCAACUCGUUCAAGUCCUCGAAGUCCGAUUGCCACACAUAGACCCUACAGUCUACGUCUACCGUUUCGCAAAGCACCUCGACUUCGGCAGUGAACAGACCAAGGUUGCUAACGAUGCCCUCCGUAUCAUCCAACGCAUGUCCCGCGAUUGGAUGGUGCAAGGCCGUCGACCAUCAGGUAUUUGCGGCGCUGCAUUGAUCCUCGCAGCCCGCAUGAACAAUUUCCGCCGUUCCGUUCGGGAGGUAGUCUACGUUGUUAAAGUAGCAGACUUGACUAUCCAGAAGCGGCUGGACGAAUUCAAAGAUACUAGGAGUGGGGAUUUGACCGUCGAAGAGUUUAGAAAUAUAUGGUUGGAGCAAGCGCACGACCCACCCAGCUACGGACCGAAAGCCGCGAAGAAACGCAAGAGGGUCAGGAACGUUAAUGACGAUGGAGAAGUCAUUGAGGAUCCCCAGGAUACCAUCAUUGUCACCGCUCCCGACGCCCCAGGCGCCACUCCCAGCACUCCUCCUAGUGCCGCCGCUCCCGGCGCUGCCGCGGCACCGGCUAUGCUUCUCGAUAGGCCCCUCAGACUGGACCCAGAUGGAUUCGUAAUCCCGGAACUCCCCAUCCCUUCACCACUCGCGGUCUCUUCACUCCCCGGAACACCAAUCGACACUACAGACCCCGCUGCAUCGCAAAGCACUGAAAAGGCCCAAGAAGACCAACACUCAGCCAUCGCCGAGGAGGUGAUCGAGUCAGAGAUCGCCUCCCUACUGGAUGGCUCCGCCGCGGGAAUCAUGGAAGAGCUCCGGGAGGCCGACCGCCAAGCACGCGAAGAAUGCGCCGCCUCCACCAUAUCAGACGACCCGGACAACCUCGACGACGUCGACGACGACUUUGAAGUGCAGAACGCCCUACUCACCGAAGAGGAACGCGACCUGAAGGAGAAGAUCUGGGUGGAGUUCAAUAAGGACUAUUUGCGUGAGCAAGAAUGUAAUAUCGCCCCUUUCCUCUAGAAAAAACAAAAAAAAACAAAAAAACAUAUGAGUGCCAUGGAAACGCUGACGCGGAUACUACAGUGAAACGUCUAAAGAGGGAAACAGACCUCCGCAACGGAAUCAUCAAGACUGCCAGAAAGCGCAAGAGGAAUAAACCCCGCGAUAGCAACAGCGAAGAUAUGGCCGCUACCCCCGCCGACAGUGCGAAGAAUAUGCUCAUGCGCAGGAGUUAUUCCAAGAAGAUUAAUUAUAAAGCUAUCGAGGGGCUCUUCGAAGACGAUUAA